CGCCCAUGUAAAUAGUGUGUGCUUAGGUUUCUUGUUUAUCGUUUGUGUUUUCUUAACAAUUUAGUACAGUAUGGAUAGGAGAUGUUUGGUGGUAUGGCUGUUGGUGUCCCUUACUGACAAAGUGUCUUCACAAGUCAAAGUGGAAGGCGUCAAAGGAGGGAAAGCUGUCUUACCGUGCGUGUACACAAAAACCAUAAUGGAACGUGACAUGGUGACCAUAUUCUGGCGCCUCAACGACGAGAAGAAGGUCUAUGACGUUGCCGCGGGAAACACAGUCCUAACUCAACAAGACCCGGAGUUUAAGGCUCGAGCUCAGACCUUCCCAGAGGAGUACAGCAAAGGCAACUACUCUCUCUCGCUGAGGGAUCUGAGAGUCACAGACGUAGGGACAUACUUCUGUUAUAUUCCUCCCCUGAACGUGAAACAACAAAUACAGCUUCACGUUGAAGAUGGUCCUGAAGCCAGAAGCAGCAGCAUGAGAGCCAGUCUUGUUCCAGCUGUGCUACUCUGCCUCAUCCUGCUCCUCUAAUAUGUGCUACCACUUCAGUGAGCAAUACAGAGAAGUGCUGUUGCUAUAUGUCUCUAGUCAAAAAAAAAAAAAACAACUUUGGAAAGUUACUGAAGC